CUCGACAAAUGAGAAAAGAGGACAGGUGUUCUCGUGCUGGUUUCGGAGGCGGAAUCCCGGUUGAAGUUGUCCGGUAAAAUGCGAUACGGUGCAGCUUAUAAAGUUGUGAACUGCAUGGUAGUUGUUCAAUGUUAACUCGGGUCUUGGCUUAGGUGCAACUUCAUCACUUCAAUGUUUUGCCUACAUGCGUCCUUUUAGUGACUUCACUGUCACUCACAGAACAAAACAUCAGUGUAGAUUUUGACUGCGCCUGUCGUUUUCUCAAGUCUUAGUCCAGUUGUGAUCUGGAGGGGACCCCAUCAGUGACCUAUUCAUUGCAUCCUGCUCUCCGAUUGCAGUGUGUGAGGUAGGCUACUUUGUAUUUCAUCCCUCACCCCCAAGAUGACUGACAAAAGCCCUUGGUGGAGGUCAUUUGUGGGCAAGAGAAGGAGCGCUGCCCGAGAGUCCGCGAGGGAGGCCAUGCUCGCUCAGCAGCAAGCCCAGGCCCCCCAGCCUCAAACCUCCACUCAGACGCAGUCGGUGGAGAGCCCACAGCCUUCUGCAGAACUCACCCAUACAACCACCGCUGAUCACACUCCUGCCGCAGCCACCGAACCACAGAGGCCCUGCUCUGAGAAGAGGAACAACAGUGCGGCUGACCUGGAGCCUACCUUCAACGAGUCGACCAAUCGGCGUAACCUGCGUGUGUCCCGCUCAGGACGCUUCAAGGAGAGGAAGCGGGUUCGAGUGAGUCUUCUUCAGGACGAAGAGGAGCACACUGACAAGUCCUCAGAUAAAGAGGAUGCUAGUGCACAAGGCCAAUAGCACAGCUAAAACUGUUGUCCUCUCAGCAGAGCGAGGCGGCUGAACUGUGCAUUACCGUCCCUUCUGUCCCCAAGACUGUGGGACUGACAGGGGACGGCCAGAGCACACAUCCAUCCAAAGACUCUGUGAGCUAUUUAUGUACUUCUCAACUAUACACUUAUAAUACUUAAAUAUGUUUUUAAUGAAUGAGUUUAAAAUGCACCAUGCAUCAUGCCAUAUGUGUGUUUAAUUGUGAAAAGAUGUCUAACAGAAUUUUAAUUUAAAAGUUACAUAUUUUAACUAAGGGGUCAUGGGUCCAUGGGGUUCUUUGAGCGUGUCACGUGUGUCCUUCCUAACUCUCACCCUGGGAUUAGACGCUGUUUACUGUAGAAUGGUAGAUUAUAAUGAUAGUCAUGAGUCUUGGACAAUUGUAUAUUUCACAUGGACAAGACAACAGGAGUAGUCUACCUAUAGAAACAUUUAUGUCUAUGUCUCUGAGCCCACUGCUAAAUGUAUUUGUUUCUGUAGUCAGGGCUCUGGACUUUAAAUCAAAACAUGAUUUGAAGAUACUUUGAAAUUACACACAAAUUUGCGGCAAGGUCAUAUUUCCACAUGCAAUUAGGUUUCUGGCAAAUGGUUGUGGUAAACUUUUUGCAAUGUUGCAGCAAAUUUGCAGCAAUGGCAUAUGUAAAUUAGGUUUGUUUGUCACCAGAAGUUCACUGGAAGUUUUACCAUUAUUGGCUAAGGGUGGUGGCAAAUCACUGGCGAACACAUUUGCCACUAGUGGCAAAGUUCUCAUUGUUGCCAGAACUUUGCUGGAAAUGUGCCUGUAGCAGGCAACAUUGGCAAACUUAUUUCAAUAUUUUCUAGUGAACUCAUUUGUUUCCCACAAAUUACCCACAAGUUUGCAGCAAAUCUGCUGCAAACAUUUCAUUUUUGUAAGGGCCAUCUUGUUUAUACAACUCAUGAACUACUACACAGCUACCAAUAUUAAACUAACCAUGUUGGUGUCUAUAUAAAUGUCAUUGAAUUGACAUUUGAUAGGAUUAUGUUUGAGAGAUCUUGGGCACUAGCUGCAACAUCAUUUAAUCCAAUUUGACUGUAUAGACACAGGCAAUGAGAACUGAGAUAAAAGUUGCACACAUUACAAAAACACAGAGAUGGUUCAAAAUAUAGU